CAUGCUCAUAAAUAGUUCUCCGUACUGCUCCAAUCCCACUACUACGCCACUCCUCGAGCUUUAAACCGGGUCUGUGUCGGAUCCUUUGCUGGAGCUAAAAGGUUUUUCUAAAGGUUCCUGAGAAAUCCACUUGAUUUGUGAGCUUAAGGCAAGAAAUCCUUUGAUUUGCUUUGGUUGGAAUUCAGUAAAGAUCAUAGUUACAGAAUAGCUUGUGGGCAUCAUUAUCAUGGAUUCUCCUCAAUCACUUUUCGAGGGUUCUUCGGUUUUGGCAGAGCCUGAGAGAAAGAACAAUGGAGUGUUCGUGGAGAACAAGGAAGCUGCAAUCAACUACAUUGGUGUUUUAGAUGUUCAUGUGCACCAGGCUAGGGACAUCCUUAACAUCUGCAUAUACCACAAGCAGGAUGUUUAUGCCAAGAUUUGCCUGACAAGUGAUCCCGAGAAUGCGGUCUCCACUCAGAUUAUAAAUGGGGGCGGGAAGAACCCGGUUUUCAAUCAGACUCUCAGGCUGAAUGUGGCAACGGUUGAGUGUUCUCUGAAAUGCGAGAUUUGGAUGAUGAGCCGGGUGAGGAAUUACAUGGAGGACCAGUUGCUUGGCUUUGCUUUAGUACCGCUGUCUGAAGUCCUGCUCGGGAAUGGGAAGUUGGAGAAGGAGUUCACUCUCUCGUCGACUGAUCUGUUCCAUUCUCCCUCGGGGUUUGUCCAGUUGUCUCUGGUCUACACCGGGGCUUCACCCGAAGUGAUUGUCAUUCCUGCACUGCCAAACGCUGUGACAGCAAGCGAUGAUAAAGGUGUGCAGGACUCUGAAGCAGUGGAGUCUUUAGCUAGUGAGUUUGAGAAAAUCGAGUUUCCAGAUCCUAAGAUAGUGAAUGAAAAUCACUUGAUGGUUUCAGAGUAUUUUGGCAUUCAAUGUGAAAAUUUAGACUCUCAGAGCUCGGAUAGCCUCACCUCUUCGGACGCAGAAAAUCAGAUUGGUUCACAGGCCAAGGAUAGUGUUCUUACUGAACCUAUAGAUUCUCUCCAAUCUGCAAAAUGUGAUUCCCCUCCAAGCAGUGUAUCAACUAAUGGAUCUGUUUUGGGUUCAAAUCCCGCGAAUUCUUCAAAAUCUCCAAACGAAGAGCACGUUCCAGCUCCCCGGGAAUUCCCCGAGGAGAAAAGUACAGAUGCUGGGGACUCUGAAAGUCUUGCAGCAUCAAAGAAGGAAUUCCCCAAGGAGAACAGCACAGAUGCUGCAGAUUCUGAGAGUCUUGCCUCAGGUAACCUGCCCGAAAACGAAUUCCCUAAGCCCCUUGUGACUAUAAAUGUGCCAGAAACCAAUGUGGUGCAACAGGACAUUGUGGAUAUGUACAUGAAAAGCAUGCAGCAGUUUACUGAAUCGUUGGCGAAGAUGAAGCUCCCGUUAGACAUCGACAGCGCCCCAACCAGUUCCGGGAAUUCAAGCUCGGAUCAGAAAUCAGAAACGCCCAAGAGCGCUGGCUCUCGAGUGUUCUAUGGCAGCAGAGCGUUCUUCUGAGGCUUUUACAAUGCCCCGACCCCCGAGUUUUUUAGAGCAAACCGGGAAAUUUAACAACUAGGAUGAAGUUGAAGUUGAUGCCAUUGCUAAUGUUGCAUGUUUUAGGUUUACCAAAACUAAAUAAUUUCUUGUAAGACCUUUGUGUUUUCUGCAUCUCUAUGCAUUAUGCUUAUUUCCC